GACAUAACAGUCUGUCGAUACCACUCUAUGUAGCCACUAUAUCCCAUCCCACCCCAUCUCAUCUCACCCAGCACUCAUUUCUGGCUUCAAAGUUCCUCUCGCACUCCCACACACACACCCGCCCACUUACCUAGCACCUUUUGCUCGAAUCGCCACGGAUGCUAGGUUCCAUCACAACCGCAUCGUCAAUCGCCUCAACACUCACUUCACCACGCAGAGCACAGCAUAACCCAUAUCCACCCAUCACACACUUACGUCUACACCUCCCUUUCGAUUUCCACACGUUCAACCACCCCAAUAUCUACACGACAGACACAAGUGAACUCUACGAAUACCGUCCCGCCCGCUUACCUUCUUCCUUCUUUCCUCACGCUCUCCCCACUUCACUACAUCCACUCUUUCCACACCACGCCUAUUUAGUCAAUCCACACUCAGGCACUUCAACCACUCAACUGUCAUUUCUCGACUCUCGCGGAUCCACUUUAAUAUCAACAAACACGCCUACGCCUGCUUCACCAGUGUUUUUCUUCUCCCCUUCACUUCUCUCCAAACAUUCGUCGAUUCUAUAUUAAACCUUUGAAAAAGAUUGGCUCCUUUUUCCUCGUCCUCUUAUCAUCUCUUCAACUCCUGCCUCUUCCACGCUUCCACCAUCCACCACCAUAAUCCCUAAGAAAGGAAGACAGAGUGAAUUCAAUCCAAGUCAAAUAAUUCAAGCCACCAGCCUCAGACAAUUUUCGUCCAAUUACAGCGCCUUCACGAUCCUUCAACCCCCCGCAUCUCCAUGAAAUGAGUAUCCCGUCUCCGCCAUACAGGAUUAUACGGACCGAAUAAAGUACUCCAGAAAUCCAGUAUUCCGAUUCCAUCGUCUUUUCUAUCCUACCAGCCUACCAGCUAUCCAAAACAGCACCGACACGAAAUACACUUUGGCAAUAAACUCCACAUACCCCAGACGACGCCGGACAUCACUUAGAACACGGAUUCAUUUUAUUUGGCACGACGUCGAUAUCAAUCGCACGAGGAUUUCGAACCCAUCUGCACCGAGACGCACACUAAGGCUGGCUUUAUGUCCAAGUGCUAGGCAGUGCUAGGUAAUAUCGCCCCCAAAACCGAACAAUCCGAGGCUUUGGUGUUGAAGUCCAAUUUGAUCGUCAAUUCUACAGCCUUAUUCGCUUUGCUAUUGUCUGACUGGACUGGACUCGACUCGACCCUCAGCCGAUUCGAUUAGACUCACUUAUCAAUUGAUUUGAUCGAUCGUCGUAUCGAUAAACAAAAUUAAUUUUCAAUCUGCCAUAACCUUUUCCACCGCCCAUCAUGUCGUCUUCAUCCUCGGUGAAGAGAGCGUGCGACGCAUGUCAUCGUCGAAAGGUCAAGUGUGAUGGCAUCAAUCCAUGUCGCAACUGCUCUUCAGCACAAUUAUCUUGCACUUAUCAUGCUAUACCACAAAAGAAAGGCCCAAAAGGUUCCAGAGCCAAAGUUAUCAGCGAAUUAAGACAGAACCAACAAUCGUCACUCUCAGCUAAAACUGCAAAUCGCAUAAACGGGGUUCAAAGUCCACCAUGCAGUCCUACACUUGCGCCAACCCCGGGUCUUCUUACAACGGAAAUGAUCAAGGAAUGUACGGAAUUCUUCUUCGCAAACAUGUAUCCUACAAUGCCAAUCUUACACAGGGAGAGAUUAGAGCAACAAGCACUGUAUGUGGAUCAGAAUGUCGAUACGUACUGUCUCUUGACCGCGAUGUGUGCAUUCAUGAUGAUACAGCCUGGAAUGGGAAUACCUGGUGACCCUCUUGGAUUAGACAAUCUACCCGGUGCAAACAUUGUCUCUGGAACUUUAUUGCUGGAAGAGACCUUGAAGGUCAGGAAAAGUUACGACUACUGCGAAUCACCUACACAAAACAGCUUAGUGACUAGCUUUUUCAUCUUUGCAUGCUAUUACGGAUUGGAUCUACAUAACAAGGCUUGGUUCCAUUUACGAGAAGCCACUACACUGGCACAUACGUUGGAAAUGGUCAAAGAGGAGACAUAUCAUCAAUUUGAUAUUAUUGAAUCAUCACGAAGACGAAGAUUAUAUUGGUUGUUAUUCGUCACGGAAAGAUCAUAUGCGCUCCAACGCCAUCGACCUCUGUCUCUGCAAGCCACGAUCAACCUUCCUUCGAUCAACGAUGACCCCACUGAUCCACAGAACCAUCACUUGCAUGGAUUCAUUCAUCUCGUAAAUGUCUACCGUCCAUUUGAUGAUCAAUUCGUCGCACUUUGGAACAAGACUAGAACCGAUUGUUCUCCAGCAUACCUUUCAUCUCUCCAAAAACAACUUUCCGAGGCCCUGCCCGUCUAUCUCAACACGACAGAAAAUCAAACAGCAGAUCUCAGAACAAGUCAACAAUGGCUAAGAACAAUGGUGUGGCAAUUAAGUAUACAAAAUGGAUGUCUCAGUAGCAACUGCGAUGAUCCAAGUAUGACAUUCCAGUAUCCAGUCGACAUUGCUAGAGAUUUGGCGCAGAUGACAAGUCAAUUCAGUCAUCAGAGUAUGGAGGUUCACGGUGUUGGAUUGAUUGAAAAACUGUUCGACGUCGCUUGUUCACUAACCGAUGUCCUCUCGCUUCUCCCUGCGAAAUCUGAUCCCUUCACAAUGGGUCCACGCGACUACCUUCACCAAUUUAUGACGAUGCUCUCCAUUCUCCGCAACGGCGAUCAUCGUUUCCUUCCUCUCCUCCUGAACAAAGUUCACGAUGUCCUUCCUGGUCUUGUAAAUCCCAUGUUACAGAAUGCUCCCGAAAAUACUCAAAUGUGCGCGGAUGUUGAUCUGUUUGAUGGGUUUGGCAACACUGGUAUUAGCAUUCCCCCACAGAACUACAAUACUAUGGCUACUAGUGGUCCCAAUAAUUACAAGAUGGCACAUACGAAUGGAGGAUUGGCAUUCGACAAGAGAAUUGAAGAAUUGAGCAGUCCAAGUGUCACGGGUAGUAUGUCUGCCGAAACCACUCCAUUCACAUCACCGCCAAUUAUGAACCCCGGAAUGGAAUAUCAAGCUUUGGAUUAUCCAGGAUUCCAUGACCUAAAUAGUCAUGCUCACGGAAUGGAUUUCAAGAGAGAGUUUGGUGUCGAAAAUGGAGAGAAUUCUUUCGGGGUCUCGAGUCCUGGCGGUAUGAGUGAAAUGAGUAGCGGAGUUGCCAGUGUGAAUGGAAAUGGGAUUGGUGGAAGAAGACCUCCCAUACGACAAGGAAGUGGAAGUAGUUAUGGCAUGCCCCUACCCAGGAGUAUACCAGAGUUCAAUCAUGGUCAUUUUUCGCGAGCUAGUACUGGCGGCGAGGAUAUGGGAGUAGGCGUGAAUGGUGUUGAUCUAUCGCAUCAUGGGUAUAGAUGAGCGAAGGGAAUUGUUGUUUGAGAGAAUGUCACAUCUUGAAAGCGGAAUAUCCUGGAAGGAAACGAAAUGCAACCGAUUUCUUUGUUCAAUAAUUGGACUCAGUACCGCAGUCGAUUACACAUACACUUUGCCAAGGCAUAAUAUCACAAACGGAGCUUACGGUAUUUGCUAUGUCAUUUUGGUUGCAGGAUUAUCGUGUUGAGAAUUGGAACCGCAUUGGCAAUCGAUUUUGUAGGGAAUUGUGCAGAUGGGGAAACAUCUACAAGAAUGGAGGCAAAGACACUUUGCAUAAUUCGCUUAGCUUGGCUGUCUCUCGACAUGAAAGAAAAGGGGCAGAAGCUUGGAGUUAAGAUACGUGGUGUAUGUGUUAUAUGAUGUGCUAGCUGUAUUGGCGAAUAUGCAAGUGAGUUUUAUGGAAUGGGAAAUGGAAAUUAAAGGACUAAGGGAGGGAACGGCAAGGAACGGAAAAUAAGUCAUAUGAUUUGAUGUUGGUGUUUGGGGUUUGGUGAAUGGAUGAGAACUGAUUGAUGUUUUGGUUUUUAUGUUGUUUGAGUUGGGGAAAGCAAAGCGGAUCGAGUUGGGAAUCGAGGGAGGUGCGAAUUGUUGAAUGUAUAUCCAAUGUUUUAUGUAUGGUAUGGGGGCUCCUGUGCGAUGAUGUGAUGUGGUUCAUGUCAGAAUAACUUGGUUAGCCUGUCUAUUUAAAUAUACGAUAUGAUAUCCAGGUUAUUUCAUCUAUCCGAUGUGUUGAGAUAAGUGAGAUAUUGAUUGUUGCGAAUGACAAUUGGGUUUUUUGUAAAUGAGACUGGUCAUUGCUGUAAUCAUCUCAUACCCCAAUAUAACAAUCAUAAUUCCA